UUAAUGACGAGGCUGUAUAUGCUAGAAGCCUUUGCCUUCCCAAUAAAAAGGGAAAAUAAUAGAAUACCUUUGGUUCACCGUUUUUAUAACUUCUGUUCUGGCCGAUCUGACCCAUCUAACCGAUAACGUUAUACUAUUUGCAUUAGUUUAUUGGAAACUAUUGCUUCCUGAAUUCAGUUGUGCAAACAUCUAAUUUGAAGAGAUUGUAAGAGUGCUUUUAGUUUAAAAAAUAAUCAUGGCGAGUCAGGACGACAACCUACCUGAAGGCUGGGAGGCACGUAAAAGUAGGAGUACUGGAAAUACGUAUUACCUUAACAAGUACACAAAGAAGUCUCAGUGGGAUAGGCCUGAUGCCCCUGCUUCUCUCGAAGAUGAUGACGAGGAUAGCGACUUACCCAGAGAAGUACAAUGCAGCCAUCUGCUGGUGAAGCAUGCGGGAAGCCGCAGACCUUCCUCGUGGCGCGAAGAAAAUAUAACUAGGAACAAGGAGGAAGCUGUCGAGCUAUUAACUGAAUAUCGUCGAAAGAUCAUCAACAAAGAGGCUACAUUUGAGGAAUUGGCGAGGGCGUACUCUGAUUGCUCGUCGGCUAAACGCGAUGGUGACUUGGGGCGAUUCAAAAAGGGCCAAAUGCAGAAGCCAUUCGAAGACGCGGCUUUUGCGCUGAAGAUUGGUCAGCUUAGCCAAAUAAUUGAUACUCAGUCAGGUGUCCAUAUUAUAUUACGAACAGCUUAAAUACUGAUGCAUUCGCUUUGAAAAUACUAUAAUCAUACUUAAUAUAUAAAUUACUCAAAUACUUACCGGCGGGAAUUUAAUGCUUAAUAAAACAAUCGUUUAUUUAUA